UGCACUGCUCUGAGCAGGAUGCGUCAGCAGUACAUUCACGUUUCCACUGAAGGACAAAACGAGGAGAAAGAGUGCAGCGUUUCUGCAACCCCGUCACACAGAGCGAAAUAGAGAGAGAGGAGAGUGUGCACUGGGGGUGAAGACUGCUGCUCUCACUGUAGACACUCCUCAUGCAUGUGUGUGUGCACGCGUUUAUGUGUGUCUCUCUCCGUCGCAUGUGCUUCCCACUGCAGAGCUGCUGCCAACCCGCAGCCUCACAGCCAGAGAAGGCGAACUGCCACAACUUACUACCUCAAGACACGGGAAAAUAAGGAAUACCGCAGGAUCCACGACAGGAGGAGGGAGGGAAAACUACAGAAUCCCCUGCAAGGUAUCUCUUGGAAAUUAGCCGUCCAUCACAUGGCAACAUCCUUCCUGUUUUUUUUUUCUUCUUUCUGACACUGAGAAGGAGAGCGAGAAAGGAAGCCAGACAGGGAGAGAGAGAGAGGAGAGAGAGUGAGAAAGAGAGAAAGUGCAAGUAGCGAACGAUCGGAGGAAAGGGAGAGAGCUUCACCACUGCUGCGCCGCUGUUGCUGCUGCUCCCCCCAUCAUCCUUCCCCUCCCUACCCCUUGAGCUCCCACAACACCACCCCUGAGCCCCCCUCCGGAGAAAUUGAUGGAUUAUUGCUAACUGUGCACGCGGCAGUCCGCAGCAGCUACAGCGACAGAUGAAGAGCAGAGUGAGUUAAAAAAGCAAGACGGAAUGACCGCAGUGUGCGUCUGUUAGCCUUUUUGGAUUCAUCAACGCAUGGCUAAUGAGCUGAACAAAUGUCGUGGUGGUGGACAAACUAAAAAAAAGGCUUACUAGUCAGUAAAAGUGAAGAUACAUCUGAGAGGACUUUGGGAUUUUUUCCCUCUCUUUUUAUUCUUUUGUUUUCUCUUUUCCUUGGGUUUAAUGUGCAUGCACUUCUGCAAUGGAGUCUUGUGAAAAUUGCUCAGUGAUUUUCAGUGUCGCCGUCCAAGGACAAUCAGUGGGGGAACUGAGAAGAGAUCUGUUCCAAGUGAACUGGAUCCAUGCACCUGCUUAGCUGACUGGGCCCUGGACCCCUCAAAACAGUUUCGCUGAAUGCUUCUUCUCUCUGGAAUUAAUAGGGGCCAUUUUGUCAAAUCAGUUCAUGAUCCACUUUUACUUUUCGGAGAGAAACAGCUUAAAAUGUUGUAGUGAUUUUGGUGGGAAACAUGAGCAAAUGGAUUUUGGGCUUUGCUUUACUAUAAAGGAUCACAUUAAGGACAGCACUGAGCUAAUGAGCACCAUCCUGCACUGUAGAUGGAAAACAGAUGCAGAGCCUUGCUCAAACCAGGGUAGGGCCACUGUUCUCCGUUCCCCAGCCGAAUCCCCAUGCAAUGUUGAAUUAUGAACGCGCCACAUCAUGAGUCUCUUGUGGCAGGUAACUGUGCACCGUGCCUGGAACGCAGCCCUGCUCUGUGCAGUCUACCUCAUGGUGCGAUUGUUGAGUGUGUGUGCCGCCCCCUCCGGACCACUGACCUGUCCUGCCGUUUGCUCCUGUGGUAACCAGUUCGUUAAGGUGGUGUGCACCAGACGCAGCCUGGUCCGAGUGCCCCCAGGUAUCCCUGCCACCACACGACAUCUAAACCUGAUGGAGAACAGCAUAGAGACCAUUGAAGCCGGAAUGUUUCAACAUCUCCGCCAUCUGGAGGUGCUGCAGCUGGGUAGAAACUCUAUCCGGCAGAUUGAAGUGGGGGCCUUUAGCGGCCUCAACAGCCUCAACACACUGGAGCUAUUCGACAACCGGUUGACAGUGAUCCCGAGUGGCGCUUUCGAGUACUUGUCUAAACUGCGGGAAUUAUGGCUCAGGAACAACCCCAUAGAAAGCAUACCAUCCUAUGCGUUUAACCGCGUUCCCUCUCUCAUGCGUUUGGAUCUGGGAGAACUUAAGAAGCUGGAGUAUAUUUCCGAGGGUGCUUUCGAAGGAUUAUACAACUUGAAAUACCUAAACCUUGGAAUGUGUAACCUGCGGGAGAUGCCAGUCUUGACCCCUUUAGUGGGGCUGGAAGAGCUGGAGAUGUCAGAGAACUACUUCCCAGAGAUAAAACCUGGAUCCUUUAGGGGUAUGAAAUCACUGAAAAAGCUGUGGAUUAUGAACUCCAGGAUCACCACAAUAGAAAGAAAUGCAUUUGAUGAUGUCACAGCCUUGGUUGAGCUAAACCUGGCCCAUAAUAACCUUAGUUCUUUACCUCACGACCUUUUCGCACCCUUGAGUUAUCUGGUGGAGCUCCAUUUACACCACAACCCUUGGCAUUGUGACUGCGAUGUUGUGUGGUUGGCCUGGUGGCUAAGGGAGUACAUUCCCACCAACUCCACCUGUUGUGGGCGCUGCCACACCCCCCCUUACCUACGUGGACGCUACUUGGUGGAGGUGGAUCAGAGCACUUUCCAGUGCUCAGCACCUUUCAUUCUGGAUGCCCCGAGGGAUCUUAAUAUCUCUGCCGAACGAGUAGCUGAGCUAAAAUGUCGUACGGCACCCAUGUCAUCGGUACGAUGGCUCUUGCCCAACGGAACGGUUUUGACCCAUGGUUCUAAUCACCCACGGAUAUCAGUGCUCAACGACGGGACGCUAAACUUCUCCAAUGUACUGUCAGCGGAUACAGGUGUGUACACCUGCAUGGUGACCAACAUGGCUGGCAACUCCAAUGCCUCUGCCUACCUGAAUGUGACUGCGGCUGAGCUCAACACUUCCAAUCUGAGUUACUUUACUACGGUGACUGUAGAGGAGGUGGAGCCCACAUCACAGGAAGUGAUCAAGCCAAAGACGGUAACCGCCUCCCCAUCCGUCUUUCAGCCUGUUUUUAUCUCCACACCGACCGUUUUAUUUCAAACCCCCCGACAGGUGUUUGUGCCAACCGUACGUGGAACGAUACGCCCACCUGCCAGUCUUGACGAAGUCAUGAAGACAACAAAGAUCAUCAUCGGCUGCUUUGUGGCAGUCACACUACUUGCUGCCGUUAUGCUUAUCGCUUUCUACAAGCUGCGCAAACGGCACCAGCAAAGGAGCACGGUGGCAGCUGCUAGGACCAUAGAGGUCAUUCAGAUGGAGGAGAAUGUUCCUACCACCCAUGCAGGGACCAGUAUACCAGGUGAAAGUGGAAUGAUGUUGCCUAGCCUGAGAGACCACAAUAGCACCUACAAACCCAGUUAUAGCUCAUACAGAUCAGCACACUCUGCUCCCUGGGCGGAGAACAACACUGGUAACUCCCUGAACCGUCCCCGCACCACAACCAUCAGCACCAUCCCUGAACCCUACCUUAUCCAAACUCACACAAAGGAGAAGGUGCAAGAAACGCAGAUAUGACAUUCCAACAGCCUUUUCCUCCUCGGUCUUUUAUUCUGUUCCUCAUGAAAACAUGCAAUAGAAUGCACAACAGAAAAGACAGCAAUUACUUUUGUACCCAGUGCAAAAAUGAGACUGUUUUUCUUGUACAUGCUUCUACAUAAAUAUAUUAAUAUAAAUAUAUAAAUGAAUCCACUAUGGGAUGACAAAAGAAACAGAUUCUAUUAAAGUGAAAAUGAAUUUAAACUAUUUUCUAACUUGUAACUCCUAUUUAAGAUGGGAAAAAGUGACAAUGCCGACAUGAUAUUGCAAAUGAAGACAGAUUUGUUUGACAAGGGGCAACCUGUGAUUUUUAAACCAUGCUGUAUAGUAUGCAGUAAAGUCCCAUUUAUACAGAGAACUUUCUAAGUAACUGUCCACUGAUUGAUCUUUAAAGGCUUAUCCUCUAAAAGCACCAACAAUUUGUAUCAUGCCAAAUGUUAUACUUGCAAUAAAUGAGACUGGGCUAAGAGAUAGGAGACUAAGCCGUGCAAAACACAGGAUGGAGACCAAGAGAGAAAGGAGCAGCUGGAUAUAUAGAGGCUGCUGUUCUGCAGCUCCCAGCCAAAUGCUUUUUUGGCUGCACCAUAGUUUUGCAGCAAAUGUUUAACUGUAUGUUUCAAGUGCAGGCAUUCUGCUUGCUUUUUUAGUUUGAACUAUUACUCUUGGUUUUAAAGAAUGGGAUUCUUUAUCUACGGUAUUUCCAUCAGUUUCAUAAUUUGGGUAUCGACUGCUUUCCCCAUUAGUUUCCGAUCCUGUACUACUUUAAUAUGAUUUGACAGGCUUUUAGGGCUGAUUUAGUAAAUGCAUUACAACAGUUGCCUCCGAUUUGUAGCGCAGGGGCUCAAUUGGAUGUUAGUUUGCGAGACGGUUGCAGUGACUUGAUGGUUUGCUGCAGGCUCACGUUAACAUGCUUUCACGUAUUCUUUACUGAGAAAGAGAUUGAAAUGAAUGUGAAAAUUACGGACUUUCCUUUAUGGAGAUUCAAACAGCGAUUUUCGUUUGUCCUUAAAGCAAGGCUAUUUUUAUGAGGAGUCCACAGAGGUUACGACAAUAAAAAUGAAAACAUUUGGUUUGUAUUUC